AUGACGACCAACAACAACAUGGCCACCAGCACAGAAGAGCCCCUCAUAACAGGCCUGCACCACAUAAACCUGACCGUGCCCCACGGCACCCUCCACCACGCGGCGGCCUUCUACGGCUCGACGCUCGGCCUGACGCCGCGCCCCGUGCCCGCGGCCCAGGCCCACGAGCUGGCCUGGUUCGACAUCGGCGCCUCGGGCCAGCAGGUCCACGUCUCGCUGCCCAAGCACGAGAACGAUUCCGUGGACGCGUCGCUGUCGCUGUCGCGCCACCCGUGCUUCCGCGUCGGGUCGCCCGCGGCGCUGCUGGCGCUGCAGGAGAGGGUGCACGCGCAUUUCGUCCGGGGCGGCGGGGGCGCGCCUGCUGCGGCUGAUGCGCCCGGGGGGCCUGAGUAUCCGAGCAGGUUCUUUGCCAGGGAUUUCGCGGGGAAUAGGCUUGAGUUUACGGUCUAG